AUGGGAACCAGAAUGGAGGUGGCACAGCUUGAGAGCAGGAUGAAUAUUGAGGACUAUAGAAAGCUGCAGAACCUUUUCCUGGAUGCCUCGGGUGCAUCUCGCUCCUUGUCCAGAACUGAAUUCAUGGAUUUGGCUUGGUCUUUAGUAGGCCGUGGCUGCAAGGAGGAAUAUGGCCUCCUGUUCGACAGUGUGGUUGUCACUCAAGAGCACCGCGGCCUCCUUCUGGACAGUGACGCCGUGAAGGAGGAAGGACGUGUCGACUGGGGAGGCCUGUGCUCUUUUCUGCUGCUGGAGCUUUCAGAUAAAGUGAAGAACACCAGAACCAGUACUGUGCCUUGCUGGAAGCCCACGCGCACCCUGACCUGUCCACAUCGAGACCAGGUUCAAAAGGUGUUGUACAUGCAGAGUUCAGGCCAGUAUCUGACCGUGAGUAAAGGAGGAACUGUGGGGCUGCGGGAUGGAGAGGACAUGUCCCUUCUGCACACCCAUCGACUGCAAAACAGCACAGUCACACCCAAAGAUCUCUGGGUCACAGACAUGGUGCUGCUGCACAACAUACACAAGAUGGCUGUGUCAUUUACGAGUAAGGAGGUGUGUUUUUAUGACAUAUUGUCUAAACAGGACUUCAGCUGCAAGUAUAAACUCCAGGGUUUGAAGUUUACUCCCUGGUGUCUCGAUUACUGGGUUGAUCCCUCUCACCCUGACCUGGCUGUUCUCACCAUAGGGGACAUUGGAGGACAGGUCAGUGCUUUAUAUUUCACCUCAGCUCAGAUCUCUCUGUUUGAGAAACCCAGUCUGAGGAUGGACUCAGAUUCAGCAGGCAUCAUCCUAUGGGACGAGCUGGUCAAAGGAAAACAUCACUCCUGUUACACUGUGACACACCAAGUACACGCACCUGCCUGGGUUAGAAAAGUGCUUUACCUGGGAUCACUGGAGGCCUUAGUGUCGUGUAGCACCAGACCACUGAGCAGCAUGGUGAUUGGCUGGAGGGAAAAGGAAACCAGGCGUCUACGAGUCACUUCUUUCAUUACAAAGAGGGGAGUGUGGGACAUGGACCACCACCGUGGGCUCAAUCUGAUAGCCACAGCAGGUGUGGAUCAUCAGGUCUUGCUGUGGAACCCUUAUGUGACCUCGGAGCCAGUGUGUGCGCUCAGUGGGCACACAAGCCCUGUCGUCGCAGUUUGCUUCAUACAGACCAAGCAACAACUGCUCAGCUACUCCAAAGAUAAGGUCCUGUGUCUGUGGGAUGUCUCCAGUCAGCAGUGUGUCCACCGAUUGGCUGGUGUCUUCCCAAAGACACAGGAGGACACACACACCCUCCUGUUCCUCCACGAGGAGCAUCAGCUCCUCUUGCUCUCCUUCAACAGCUUGCUUCUUCUGCUAGAGACUGUGAAGGAGGAGAAGAGGACCAGCAGCCAUGACCACCCUGUUACCUGUGUGCUGUAUAACAGUCUGUUCAGACAGGUAGUCAGCAGUGACUCUGCCUCCUCUGUGAUCUGCUGGCAGGCUGACACGGGCCAAAAGGUCAAGCAGUUCCAUCGUUGCCAUGGCAACGCUGAGAUCUCCACCAUGGUCCUGGAUGGUACGCAGACCCGACUGUUUACUGCGGGCACUGACGGAGAGGUCAAAGUGUGGGACUUCAAUGGCCGCUGCCUCCACAGAAUGAAUGCAGGUCUGGGUCGGGCUGUGGACAUCUCACAGGUCCUGCUGUUAAAGAGGAGCAUACUGGUGAUGGGCUGGGAAAGGAUGGUAACAGUUUUCCGUCUGCAUUCCUUCUCGCAGUCUUUUGUUGAGCCCUCGGAGUGGAAGGGAGGCGUUCAACAUCGUGGUGAUUUGCUCUGUGCUGCCUUCCAGCCUCCACAGACUCUGGUCACAGGAAGCUACGAUGGAGAGAUUAUAGUGUGGAACAACAGCACAGAAAAAGCUUUGAGGAAACUGCAGCCACAUGCUGAACCCGAAAACGACAACAAACAGCAAGGUAAUUCCCCUGAUUCUCAUCUUAGUUUGAAAGGCAAAGAUGACUCAGAGAGCUUCAUUGCCAUCACCAGACUGUUCUUCAUACCAAGGCGCACAUCUGCCGCUGCAGCUCCAGCCUAUCUCGAGGACUAUGUGGCUGGCCCGCCGCACCCCCGCCCCCGGCACAGCAUUCGCACACCAAUCAUAGUGAUUGUGUGCACUCUUUGUGAACCCCGCGCCACCACCCAUCGGCAUAUCUGCGGCCCACAACCAAGAGCGCUAGCCGCCCUGGUGGCCCCCGGCGCACCCCUUCUGCCCCCUCGCUCGGCACGACUUGCCUACACGAUCCCAAUGGCGCUAGCCCGAUCCGCACCCCCCACGCGUAGUCACCGCGGCUAUCGCAGCAGGCAGAUCUUUCCCGCAGCCGAGGACGUCUUGCCCGUGCUCGUGGCCCCACGCACUACAGGCAUUGCACCCAGCCAAGCAGAGCUAGCCGCCCGGGCCAGCCCGCCGGCCGCCCCCUCUCUCACAUACCCAUAUUCGACCUCCCCCAAACUUGUGGGACACUUUUCGGAUACAGACUUUCCGUUGUGCGGCCAAUACUACUAG